AUGGGCAAACAUCAGAACAGUCGAAGAGUGGUGCCCGUAGUGGCGAGCUCUCCCUCCACCACCACUGCCAACUCCUCAUCAUCAGCUGGCAACAACAACAACCAAUCGGGAGCACAAGAACAUCCGAGCAUGACUACAUAUCCCCUUUCUUAUUAUUUUGAUAUUCAUCACCACCACAACAACAACAACAACACGAGCAAUUAUUACUACUCGCACAACAACAAUAAUAGUAAUAGUGGAAAUCUUAAUACAACAUCCAUGACAACAAUUGCAACAACAGGCUCCUCUUCUCCUCCUCAACGAGCCACCCAUCCGAUUUUGAUGAACAAUGACAAUGGCCGAUCAUCCUCGAUGGAUCAUCCAAUUUCCAUGGUAGCUGCUCGAGAUGAAGCCUUCGCUCAACAACAAAGAAACAUGAAUGAUCGGGAGGGAGAUUCACGAGUUCCUCCUCAAACAAAUUUCAAUGCAAAUACUCAAAUCUUCUUUCAGACAACCGUUACUAAUUUGCCUCAUGUGCCUACUGAGGAGAAGAAUUUGGAAGAGCUCAAACAGAGAAACCGAGAAAUAUACGGAAACCAAUAUCAAUUAUGGAGGCAAUACAAGGAAAAGAAUUCUCGACCUCCUACUUCGGUAUAUGACUUGAAAAACCAAUCCUUAACAAGAAAACUCACAGCAAAAAUUCAUAGCAAUCAACCUCCUCCGCCAUCGAUUCAAGAUUGGUCACGACAAGGCUACAAAUUGCAAAUAACUGCUAAGGGACAUCCUUUCCUCGUGAGAGAUACCUUCGAUGUAUCCAAACAACAACUUAAACAAAAAGAAAAGAAGAUUCGAGUGUGGGCAAGAUGGUCCACGAUGGAAGAUGCAUAUGGCCUGGGAGUGAAAUUGUAUUUUGACUUUGCAAGAAUUAUGAUUGUAUUGAAUGCCUUAUUGUUUUUUAUUCAAUUUCUCAACAUUGCAGCUCAUAUUGCUGUGGAUUUUCAAGACAUUCGAAAUAGCUUAGCAUUAGAUUUGUCAAUCUUUGAUCUAUUGUAUUCAUCAGCGUACAGCAAAAAUUUGUAUUGGGUUUGGAUUUCAACAAAUGCCCUCUGUAUAUUUAUAAGUUUAGCGAUAGGUCCAAUUUAUUGGUGGAUUGUACAUACAUAUUACGAAAAGCGAGAUUUGUAUGAUUGUGAGGAGAAUAUUUUGGAUGAAGAGUCCAAUAAGAUUAAGGAAAACCAAAAAACCAAACUAAUUGAUCACAUUGUCCGAAUGAUUUUGAGCUAUUUCGUAUUCUUCAUUUUUAUGAUGGUGGCAUUUGUAGUCACUAUGGGGUUUACAAUCUUACAGAACGUUAAUGCCAUGUACCAGCUGGCAGAUUCUACAUUUUCCGAAAAUACCAAUAUUCUGACAGCUAUCUCAAUUGCAAUUUCGAUCGUGAUAAGUCUCAUGUCCUUUAUUUGGAAGAAAAUUUGUGUAUAUUUGACGAAUUUUGAGAGACACAAAACAUGGUCUGCAUACAGAAAGCACAACACCUUCAAAUUUCUAUUCUUUAAGCUGUUCAGUGUGUUUGUCAUGGGGUUCACCAAAGGGUUUUUUGCAACACCUUGUGUCAUUAAGGUUAUGGGCAACCAGUACAUGAUUCAAAUGGUCACUGACUUUUGCCUGUCCAUAACUGUCGAGUUUUUACUCCCAUGGAUUAUUUACAAGGUGAGAGGGUCUCUCAACAAGGACAAGGAGGUAGUCAUUCACAAACCAGAAUUCGAUGUUUCGGAAGAGUAUCUCGAACUCAUUUAUCGCCAAUACAUCAUUUACAAUGGGUUUGUGAGCUUUCCUCUGAUCACACUGAUUGGUUUUGUGGCCAGUCUGUUUGAACUGUAUUUGGACAAGUUCAGACUCAUCAAGCUCUCAAGUAAGCCUCCUUUAACAACUGGUUCUGUGAAAAGCGUCGUGGCAGGUUUCUUGAUCCUGGCUUCUAUUCUCGCUAUUAUUAAUUGGGGAGGUGGAAAUUUGUACAUUUUGUCAGGAUUCUACUGGUGUAACACCCCGUCUGAUAUUGAGUGCGCUCCUUGCGUUUUGACAAGCACUGGCAAAAUACCAAAUCUGAUCAAGCUCAUGUUUGAAAGUUACUAA